AUGCCGAUGCGUCGCCUCAUGACGAGGUCCCGAACGGACCGCGACAACACAAGCCUCCUCGCCCCCGACACCUACGAUGACGAUGCUUCAUCCUUGCACAGCCGGAGCGACCAGGACAGCGACAGCGAUGACGACCAGCUGCAAUUGCGCGCCCGCAACAGCCGCGAGCUGCGCGCUGCUGACAGCCUGUUGUUUAUGGAGGAGGAGGAGGUCGAAACGCUCGUCGCGGAGACGCGCAAGAGGCAGGAUUUGCAGCGCCAAGGGUCCGGUCUGGUCGUGCCGAACCCCCUGAAGCUGUUCGGGCGCGGCGCCGACGGCCAACGUCCCGGAUCCAGCAACGGUUCGUCCGAGGAUCUCUUCAACGAGAAGGACAAGCGCCAACAGCGCCGCUCCAGGAGGAAACAGAAGAAAGAGCGUCUGCUGGAGAAGGCGAUCCACGGCGAGGAUGGCGAAUUGAUGUACGAGAUGGAAGAAGGGGGCAUGAAGGAUGGCAGCUCGACCGGCGACAGCAGCGAACGAGACGAUAGCGAAGAGAUUGACCGGCACCGACUGCAAAUGCUGGCAGACGCCAAGACGGAUAAGCGACGUUCUUGGCGCCGGUGGCUGUUUCUACACGGCAUGAUUGCUGUCGGCUUCGCGAUACUUGUCUUGGUGGCGUGGAAGUUGUCUCUGGGGAGGAAGUCGGCGCACAAGGUGGAGCUGGUCAGCAAUGGCACGGCCCUCUUUGCGCCGACAACGAUCAUUAUCAGCCUCGAUGGCUUCCGCGCCGAUUUCCUGCAGCGCGGCAUCACACCGAGACUAAAUACAUUCGUUAAGGAGGGCGUGUCGCCAAAGCACAUGCUUCCGGCUUUCCCGUCCGUCACGUUCCCGAACCACUAUACGCUGGCGACGGGCCUACACCCCGAGAGUCACGGAAUCGUGGGGAACACCUUCUGGGACCCCGACAUGCAGGCCGAAUUCUAUUACACCGACCCAGGGCGCAGUCUCGACCCCAAAUGGUGGAAGGGCGAACCCUUCUGGGUGACAGCUGAGAGGCAGGGCAUCCGAUCCGCGGUCCAUAUGUGGCCCGGCAGCGAGGCGCACAUCCUCGACGUUCAGCCGACCUUCCUGGACAGGUUCAACGGCAAGGAGGCGCUGGACAACAAGGUCAGCAGGAUUCUCGAGUUCCUCGACAAGCCCGGCAUGGAGGACAAGACUGCCAAAGUCGAGGACAUGCGGCCCCAGCUCAUUGCUGCGUACGUGCCCAACGUCGACGCCGACGGUCACAGAUACGGGCCCAACAGCACCGAGAUCCGCGUCACCAUCGAGGCCACUGACGCCAUGAUGGACAAAAUCUUCCUCGGACUCGAGCAGCGCAAUCUGACCGGCAUCGUCAACGUCAUCGUCGUUUCCGACCACGGCAUGGCCACGACGGAUACAACGCGGCUGUUGCAGCUCGAGGACCUCGUCGACACCUCCAAGAUCGAGCACACGGACGGCUGGCCUCUUUACGGGCUUCGCCCGAAGAACCCCGAUGACCUUCAGGGGCUCUAUGACGGUCUGGCCGACAAGGCUAAAACGAACCCCAACUUCGAUGUUUAUCUCCGAGAUGUCAACAUGCCCGAGCGUUACCACUUCUCCAACAACAAGCGCAUCGCGCCCCUGUGGAUCAUCCCCAAGGCCGGAUGGGCCAUCGUCACCAAGGACGAGCUGGAAGUGGCGAAGGCGGUGAAGGAUGGUUCGGUUUACAGCCCCCGCGGCCUGCACGGUUAUGAUCACGAGCACCCCCUCAUGCGAGCCAUCUUCAUCGCCCGCGGUCCAGCUUUCCCCCAUCCUCCGAACAGCCAAAUUGAUGUCUUCCAAAACAUCAACGUAUACAACAUCUUGUGCGACUCCGUUGGUCUUAUUCCCGAACCGAAUAACGGAACUCUGCGUCUGCCCCUCUCCCCCAUUGGCACUCACAAGCCCGAGGACACACCGGCAGAGCCCGAGGACCCGGUUCCUCUAUACACGACUACCGCUUCUGAGGCUGUCUCUUCUGAGGCCGCCGCGAUGACGACAUCACCGGCAGCUCAAUCAGCAACCCCGGUGAAGCCUGUCCAGGUGGACCCUGUUCCCCCGUCCUCGUCGACGGAGGCGGUGGCGACAGACGGCAACCAGAGCGAAGGGGGCGAAGACAGCCAAGACGCCGACGAGGACGCCGUCCAAAAGGGCAAAGAAGCCAUGAAGGGGAUCUGGGACUGGCUCGCGGACAAGUUUGGCAAGGUAUGGGAUAAGCUUAGCGGGUCAAAGGGGGACAAGGAAUCAGGAAGUACGGAGGAGGGGUCGGAAUGA